CCGCCCCGGCCCUGGCCCCGCCCCGGCCCCGGCCCGGCCCCGCUCCUCCCGCCGCGCCGGCUCCGCCGCUGCUGCCCAGGUGGGGAUCGACGCGGGAGCCGGGACUCCUCCUGUACCAUGCGAGGAUGUGCCCGCGCUGACUCGCCCGCCCCCGCUGCCCGUCCCGCCCGGCGCCAUGGGAGGAUGCUUCUCCAAGCCCAAACCAGUUGAAGUGAAAAUUGAAGUUGUGAUACCUGAGAAGGAGAGAAGCAAGGAGGAGAUGUCACCCAAUGGGAAAGCCAGCCCUCUGAUCUACAAAGUCAAUGGGACUGCCCGGCACUACCACCUUGAGGAGCAUCCAAUUGCCAGCAACCCCUACCACAACCCAAAGGAUGUGGUAGAAGCAUCUGUGUGCCACGUAAAGGAUCUGGAGAAUGGACAGAUGCGGGAAGUGGACCUGGGCUGUGGGAAGGCUCUGCUCAUCAAGGAGAGUGGGGAGUUCCACGCCGUGGGACACAAGUGUCCCCACUAUGGGGCUCCACUGGUCAAAGGGGUUUUAUCCAAAGGAAGAGUCCGCUGUCCCUGGCAUGGAGCUUGCUUCAAUAUUGGCACGGGUGACAUUGAGGACUUUCCCGGCUUGGAUAGUUUACCCAGGUUCCAGGUGAAGAUUGAGAAGGAGAAGGUGUACAUCCGAGCAAGCAAGCAGGCUCUUCAGACACAGAGGAGGACAAAGAUGAUGGCAAAGUGCAUCUCCUUGAGCAACUACAACCUGAGCAGCACCAAUGUGCUGAUCAUUGGUGCAGGGGCAGCUGGGCUGGUCUGUGCAGAGACCUUGCGCCAGGAGGGUUUCUCUGACCGGAUUGUGAUGUGCACCAUGGACAGACACUUGCCCUAUGACAGACCAAAGCUCAGUAAGUCAAUGGAUUCCCACCCUGAGCAGAUCACCCUGCGCCCCAAGGAGUUCUUCUGCACCUAUGACAUCGAAGUCCUGACUGAAAUGCAGGUGGCGGCUGUGGAUGUCAAGAGCAAGAUAGCUGUGUUCAAGGAUGGGUUUAAGAUGGAAUACAACAAGCUGCUGAUAGCAACGGGAAACACGCCCAAAACUCUCAGCUGCAAAGGCAAGGAGAUGGAAAAUGUUUUCAACAUCCGGACACCCGAAGAUGCCAAUCGUGUGGUGAAGCUGGCCACAAGCAAGAAUGUGGUGAUCGUGGGAGCAUCCUUCCUGGGGAUGGAGGUGGCCGCCUACCUCGCGGAGAGGGCCCACUCGGUGUCCCUGGUGGAGCUGGAGCAUGUCCCCUUCAAGAAGUUCUUUGGGGAGAGGGUUGGCCGUGCUGUCAUGAAGAUGUUUGAGAACAACAGGGUGAAGUUCUACAUGCAGACCGAGGUGUCAGAGCUGCGGGAGCAGGAGGGAAAGCUGAAGGAGGUUGUGCUGAAGAGCGGGAAGGUCCUGCGUGCUGACGUCUGUGUCGUGGGUGUUGGUGCAGUCCCAGCGACAGGCUUCCUCAAGCAGAGUGGCAUCAACAUUGACUCCAAGGGCUUCAUCGUGGUCAACAAGAUGAUGCAGACCAACAUUCCAGGGGUCUUUGCUGCUGGAGAUGCUGUCACAUUUCCAUUGGCCUUGAGGAAUAACAAGAAGGUGAAUGUCCCCCACUGGCAGAUGGCCCACAUGCAUGGCCGCAUCGCCGCUCUGAACAUGCUGGCCCACGGCACGGAGAUCAGCACUGUCCCAUACCUGUGGACAGCUAUGUUCGGGAAGAGCAUCCGAUAUGCAGGCUGUUUGUCCGUCAUGGCAAGUACGUUCGGUUUGGGGUCUGAGUGUGCUGGAUGUGAGGGGCUGGCAGGAGGGACAGCUGCACCCCUGACUGGGCCAUAUCCCUAAUUCCCAUGUGGGGACACUGGUUACGGCGGGGGGAUGUCUUUAUUUUGCAUCCCCCUCACAUGGGGGGCAAUGCUGGUUGAUAGAGCUGGGGCUGCCAGGAGCCACAUCAGGCACAGAUCCUGUUGGUUGGGACCUUGCUUGGCUGGGGUUUAGUGGCUUUCCAUGGAUUUUCAGCUGAAGGGCAGCUUUUAAGUAUAAAUAAAUAAAAUGUUUGAACUCAGUUUUACACAGAAUUGAGGACCUGCAGGUGACUUUUUGGACAGUUUAGUGACAGGUGAGUGAGGGCAAAGGAGGCAGCUGAUUGCUGGGGUGGACACCAAGUACUGGACUAGCACCAAGCACACCAAGAGCAUUUGCCUGUGCACAUUGAGAAACCCCUCACAGCACUGUGGUUUUUCUCUCUUUUAGAACUGGAGACAUGUCCUGGCUAACAGGGAAAGGCACCUAAAGCCACAGAUGGCUGAGCUCUCCUGAUCCUGCACUCGCCGUGGGGAGAUGGGACAGCAGCUCCAUGGCCUGGUGGGAACCCCAUGGCUCAGCCAUUUCCCUUUGAGACCUCGAUAAACCUGGCAUUGUGACCUUCCAGGAGGAUCUCACACAGCUCCUCUGCCCCUGUGCCUGCUGGGCUGGGACUGGGGCUCUGCUGUUGCAAUUGCUCUGGCAUGCUGGAAAAGCAGUCCACAGAGAGCGUGAGGUUUGGCACUGGCAGCGGGCAUGGGUGCCAUAUGGCUCUGGGUGCUGCCAUAAGGGCUGAGGGUCCCCAGGCGGGUCUGCCCCACGCAUGUCCCUCACUCCCAUAAGCAGCACGAGUGCCUUUGGUUGUCCUGUGCUUUCAUGCAUGAAGCUCCUUUUCAAAUGCUCUUCACUCCCAGCAGAGCUCCAACGUCCAUCCCUGCAGACCCUGACAUCUGCUCCUUUCCUGCAUGGCUGCAGUGUUUGCCACAGCUCUCCCUGUGCCCACCCACCCUGGGGGGCACCUGGGCGGGCCAGGAGAUUACCCUGGGUGACUUCUGUGCAGCUGGUGCAGUGUUGUCCAGGCUGGUCCUGUGCAGCCCCACCAGUAGAGGUGGGUCCCUGUCCAUGCUGAGGGCUCUGGAGCUCAUCAGUCCCCAUCCCAGCAUCUCCUGUCCUGGAGCAGCCAAGGGGCUGGGAUUCCUUCCCUGUCUCCUGGGGCUUGGUUUGGGCCAGGGCACUGGCAGCUCUUGGGCCCAUUCCUGGGGUGCAUUGCAGGGAUACCUGAGAGCUGUGAUGGCUCAGCUACAGCCCUGGGCUGGGUGGCCACCCUUCCAGCCAGCCUUGGGAUAUCUCUCCUUGAUGCUAUCAUGGGAUCAGUGCUGUUGCUGAGGUGUUACUCAAGGAAAAGUAGCUGGGGGGGCAUUUCUGGCUGUCCAUACUCUGGCACUUGUCCAGUGUAGUGACAAAGCUGCAUUUCCCAGCCCACCAUGCUCGUGCUCUGCUCUCCUGUUUCCAGCCCCAUGCUGAAGAAGAGCCAUGUCUCCAGCUCAGGAGUGGGCCUGGCCAGCCACAGCCCAUCAGCCCAGCAGAGUGGGGGUUGGGGGCCCCCACUGGAGAGACUCCAGUGCUUUGUUCUGGGGGAGACUCCUUCCCCAGCAGUCAAUGUUUUACCCUGAGUCCCAAACAAGAGGAUUUAUAUUUUUAAUUUGAUUCAGCCCCUGUGAAUUAAAGCAAUACUAUUCUUGG